UAAUAAGAACUUUUAAGAUUCCUUCUACAGAGUCUUGCCAUUUAGGGCCAUCUUUGGACAUCAUGUCUUUAUCCUUGUUUCAGCUGACACUCUCCUAAUGUCUCUCAAAUCUACCAUCUCUCUACUGCUGCCAUCUUAGUCCCUAUUGUCCUCAGAUGGGUUCCUGCAGGGAUCCCAACUGGCCUAUUCAUGUCUGUCCUGGCCACUUCCCAUUCCAGUCUCCUCAGUUUUAGUGAUUGUUUCAGAAUGCACAUGUACCGUUUCUUAAACCUCUACUAUAGAUAUAUUCAUUUCUCUUAUUACACAGACAAAAGCUCCAAGGAAUUACUCCUUCAACUUCAUUCAUUCAUUCUUUAGUCUUUGAUCUUCCUGCUCUCCUUCCUGACAGUUUUCAAAUGGUCUGUUAUCUGAACACCCCCUCCUCCUGUUCGAGAACUCCGACUCUCACUUCACUCACAUCAGUCAGUAUCAGUGUUUUCCUGCUGAGACUCUUCCCUGUGUUGUAGCCACAUAUAAAGGACUCUGUCCCAUCAUAACGCAUGGAAUCAUUUGCCUCCAGUGUGUUAACAACCUCUUACAUUCCGAAAGUUCCACACAAGGUGGGUAAAAGCCAACUUUUGCCUGUUUUCAUGUCCUCAGUUUAGAACAGCAUGUGGUGUGGGCCGGAGACAUAUUUAGUGGAUAAAAUACAUGUCUGCUAGCCCGACAACCUGAAUUUGAUCCCUGGGAUCCACAAGGUGGAAGGAGAAAACCAACUCCCAGAAGCUGUCCUCUGACCUUAACACACAUGCCGUGGUACAUGUAUACACACAUAUACAAGUAAGUGUCUAAAUAAGUGUAAUGUGAGAAGAGACCCAUUCUAAAGAGAGGGAAGCCAGGGAAUGGAAAAAAAAAAAUGCCAUCGGUUUCAAAGAGGAAGUCUGUGGCUUGGAGCUCAAACAUAUCUUUGCGACACAGCUGAUGGGGACAGUGGGUACUCUCUGUGUCACCACUUCUGAAAAGGAAGACUAGCAAGAGAAAAGUUCAGUCCUCGGCAGCCGCAUCUUAUGACUGGAGCUUUCCCAGAAAGGAGAAGACAGCAUGGGAUCUUCUUCCUCUGCACCUAAACCCAAAACCAGCACGGUUACCACAGCAGCCCCAGUGACCAGCUCUGCGCCUGCAUCCUGUUUCUUCGACCCCACAAAGGAGCAUUUAAUCUUGGCCUUUUUUGCCGGGGUUCUGCUGACAGUGCUUCUCGUGGCCCUUAUCUUCGUCGUCGUCAAGAGCUGCAGAAAAAGUUACUCCAGGGCACAGGCCCAGGACCCCGUCUCAGAGCCUCCCAUUAAGAAGCUUUCAUCUGUAUCAAAGGAGUCACUCACCUAUGCCAGCAUGACUUUCAAGCCCUCAGAAGAAAACAGCAAUGACUUGACUGGAAACCACUCUGCAGGCUUGGACCCCACUGUCUAUGCUCAGAUUAAAGUGGCAGGCCCACACCUGCCUCUGCAAUGAGGCAGACUGCAGGACCUCAGCUCAGCUCCAGCUACA